AUGAACGUGAUACAAAGUGGAGCAAGCCGGUCCAAGUGUGACCCUUCCCGUGGUGGCCUCGGAGGCGUGAGGGGCGGAGACCAGUGCCCUCGAAUGGCCCCUCCACGGGCCACACAAGGCACUUCCUCCCAGCACCCCGAAACGCGGCGACCCUCGGGCGCGAUCGCCCCGGGCCCGGGUCCCAGGCCAGAGGGCUGGCUGCCUCCCGGCGCCAAGGCGCGCUCCCAGCGCCCGCUCCAUCCCAGGGAAGACGAUUUGAGGGACCCCGGCGCGGCCGCGCGCGACCCCUCUCGGGAAGCCUCGCCGGCGACCCCGCGCGCCCACCUGCGGGCGCGGCGCCUCGCGAUCGCAGCCGCCCUCGCCCCUCUCCUUUCCCUCCCCUCCCUGCGGCGCGACCCCCCUGUGCGCGGCCCUGCCUCCGCGAGCCCCCCGGAGGUGGCGGGCCGGGGGGCGCCGGGACGCCCCCGACGGCCCCCGCGGCGCCCGCGCCCGGCCCCGACUCACCGCGGGGCGCUGCCGGCCGUUCCCAGCGCCGGCGGCUCCUCCUGCGCGGCGCCGCGGGCUCGGCUCCACCUCCCGCUCCGGCGGCCGCCGAGCCUCCGGGGACCCGCGGGCGGGGAGCGCGGGGCCGCCGCCAAGCCCGGAGCCGGGGCUGGGGCUGGGGCUUGGGGGGCGACGAGCCGCGGGCGGGGCGGGGGGCGCGCCGGCCCGAGCGGCUCCCCGCGCGCCGGGCGCGCCCGAGACCACCCCGCAGGUGGCGGCUCCGCGCGCGCCCGAGGCCCGAGAAGUUGCGGGAGGGGGGCGAGGACGCGGCGGCAGCCGGGCUCCGGCCGGGAGAGAGAGGGUCGGUGUCUCCUCGGCGAGGGUGGUCCUUUCUCUUUCCGGACCCCCUCCCUCCCUCCCACCCGUCUGGCCCCUCGCCGCUCUGGGCGGCCCUCCCCGCCCUGGGCCGACUCACUCACCAAAACUUUGCAGACGGCGCUGGGGAGAAUUAAUCCCGUGAUCGCCGUCUGCGCGGCCCUGGGGGGUGCGGACGCCCGCCCCGGAGAGAGCGUGUACUCGUCGCGCGCGAAGGUCGGAAAGCGGUGA